UGCAGAUCCAAGCACAAGGGUAGACACCAUCCUGGACCAGGCAGGUCAUCCCCAUACAUAACUAACUCCUGAAGCUUCAACUAAAGGGUUGAGACCACUUUUUUCUGCGCAACAAAACAGGAGGCAAGGAAAAAUCGUAUCAGAAAAUCACAAUGUUAUCACAUUCUGCCAUGGUCAAAGAGAGGAAACAACAAGCAUCAGCCAUUAUGGAUGAAAUACAGAGAAAUGGUGUAGUAUAUACAGUAUCAGGCAUUUUAGAAAAACGGAUGUAUGUAUUUAUCCAUUGUAUUGCAGUCUCACCCAGCUUAAACCUCGGAAAAAAGGUCAGCACCCCCAGAGAUAUCAUGGUGGAGGAACUAUCGACGCUCAGCAACAGAGGUGCAAGACUCUUCAAGAGACGCCAGCGGAGAUCUGACAAAUACACCUAUGAAAACUAUCAUUAUGUAGCAAACAAGCCAAGAAAUCGUGGAGAGCCCAUACAGAGCGUUAGAAUGGAUGGCCUCAGUGUUGAAGGAAUUCCCCAGCAUGCCCCAAUGACACCUCCUAAUACACCUGAUCCCCGGAGCCCCCCACAUCCUGACAACAUUGCCCCAGGUUAUUCUGGACCACUGAAAGAAAUUCCUCCUGAAAAGUUCAACACUACUUCUGUGCCAAAGUAUUAUCAGUCUCCCUGGAUAGAAGCCAUUAGGGAUGAUCCAGAGCUGCUGGAAGCUUUAUAUCCUAAACUUUUUAAACCUGAAGCAAAGCCAGAACUGCCUGACUACAGGAGCUUUAACAGGUAA